GACGUGCUGGACGAGCUCAGCCGCGCGCAGCGCGCUAUUCAGAUGGGUGCUGACGCGCUGUGCGCGGAUGCGCUCCAGGACAAGCUGAAGAACUGCUACGGCCUCGGUGUGAUGAGCAACCUUCGGGCGCUCCUGCACGGCGACGCAGGUCCCGAUGGCCAUGGCGAUGCGUCUGCCGACGCCGCUGAGAAGCGGGCGAAGAUGAUGGCGGAGGAGGAGGAGAUGUGGGAGGAGCUGAAGCGCGGCAGCUUCAUGUUCCAGACGCGGGGCGAGAAGAUAUCGUCGAUGUGGAACCGCGCGCUGGCGGCCGACAGCAAACUCAAGGAGGACUACAAGAACGCGCUCGGCCUCCCGAACAAGGCCAAGUUCAGGGCCGACUGGGGCGAGAAGCGCUACAAGCAGUUCUGGGAGAGGCGCUCGAAGACGACGACGAACAGAAAGUCGGAGAAGCUGAGUGGGAAGUACCUGGCGCUGGCCAGGAUCGCCCACAAGGAGGGAGGAGGGAAGGACGGGCUCAAGGCGGCCACCACGUACGCGACGAAUUGUAUCAUCCUGGGCAAGCACUGGGUGAAGUGGGACUCAAUGACGAACACGCUCAAGUUCUACUACGUCGAGCACGAGAUCUCGGACGAGUACGUCACGGCCUGGACGGCGCAUGAGGAGUGGUGCAAUGCGCCGCAGCCUGUCCAGGACGCCCUCUGCCUCGAGGGCGGCGGCGCGGCAGGGUCAUCAGCGAUGACGGCUGACGGCAGCGAUGGUGCAUCGACGUGCGGCGGUGCACUCGCCAAGGCGAAAGCCAAGUCGAAGGGCAAGGCUGCUGCAGUCAUGAGGAGGCCCGCUGCAGCCCCUCGCGAUGAUGAGGCGGAUGAGGAGGCGGCGCUGGUUGACACGACGGCGCCCGAGGCGGGGGAGCUUGAGGCGGGGGGCGCCUGUGAGGAGGCUGGUGAUGACGACGACGGCGAGCCCCCAGUCAAGCGAGAGAAGACGUCCCUCGACGUCGCGAUGGCCGACUUCAAGAAGGAGAAGUCGUUGUUCCGCGGGCUCAUGCAGCAGACCUCCACGACGUUGGACGUCAUCGAGUCGAACUCGGAGUGGGACUGGGCCAAGAACGAGCAGAACCGCGGGGCGCUGGAGAGUGCCCAGCAGACGGUGCAGACAGCGGUGAACAGCACUGCGGCCUUGAAGGAGCUCUUGGCCGUCAACGACUACGGCGACAUGAAGGCCCGCAUCGGCGCGAGCCAGCUGGAGGAGCCGCUCAAGAACCUGCAGACGGCGGUGUCGAGGAUCCUGCGCAUGCACAAGCAGACGCUCGAGCAGAUCAAGAAGCAGACGAGCAAGGCGGGCAAGCGGCAGCGCCAGUCAGCCUGA